CCAUAAACACAGUGCAUAAGACACGAGGUGUGUGUGUGAGUGUGUGUGUUAGUGUGUGUGUGUCUGCAGACCUGUGCGUGCACUAACCGCAUGUUUCACCCCGGACAGCAGCUCCUCUCUCUCUGGCUGCUCUCUCACUGUCUCUCCAUGUUGGCUCGGGCUGGAUCUCUUCCCCGCGCGGCGUGGACCGGCUGCCGAAGAAUGGGGAAUUACACAUCCUCCUCCACUACAGGAGGCUCCGGCACAUCCUGCGUCCAGUAUGUUCAGGAAGUGGUGUCACAGAACUGUGUUGUGAUAUUUUCCAAGACCACCUGUCCUUAUUGCAAAAUGGCCAAAAAUGUGUUCAGCGAAAUUGGCGCCACGUACAAAGUGAUCGAACUGGACGAGCACAACGAUGGGAGGAGACUGCAAGAGGCCUUAGCUCAGGUGACCGGUGCCAGAACGGUGCCGAGAGUCUUCAUUAACGGGAACUGCAUCGGGGGUGGCUCCGACACCAAACAGCUCCAUCAGCAGGGAAAGCUGGUGCCUCUGAUCGAACAGUGCGCCCCCUGCUGCGCCGCCACCGGCUCCGAGGGCUCCGGGAGCGGGCGGUUCGAGUCCGCCAAAUGACUAGCGGUUCUUGUAGUCUUUUUCAAUCCUGUAUUUAUGAAAUGCACGCUUGAUCUUGUGCUACAAGUUAUACAUUGUUUGAACAUGUUAUUUAUUCAUCAAAGCGUCUGGGUUACUUGACGAUAGGCUGUGUCCUUUUUUUUUCUUCCAUCCAGGGAUGUACAGUAUCAUUAUUAAAGCUGCCAACCUGUGAAUAGUGGAACUGCUUCAUGUGUGUCUUCUGCAUGGACAGUGAACAUCAUGCGGUUAUCGACUCAUUUUAGAUCAUUUUGUUUUACAUUUUAGUAUUUUGAUGUUGCAUCAUAUCCGGAAAUGUUAGUUAUGUUUUUAACUUGUUGAAGCAUUUUUUUUUUAUGUGACUGUGUGUGAGAUUUUUGCAGCAGUAGCUGUUUGUCUGAGUUUCUUUGAUUUUUAUGCAGAUAGUCGGUUUAUUAAAGUGUAAAAUGAAUCCUGACGCCGGUUGGUGUUAAGAACAUAAACUUUUAUUUGCCUGUGCAUUAAGUCAUAACCGCUCUUUAAUGUUUUCUCAAUGCCUUGAAUGUUUAUUUAUGGUUAAUAAAUAUGAAUGAAAGUCUCA